AUGCGGAAAAGUAACAUUAAAAAAUCUUCCAAGACUCCUUUGGGGAAUUCGAUGAUAGUAAACAAGACUCAAGAAAGUUCUCAGGACCAACGACUCAAAUUUCGUAGUGUAAAACCCUCAUUCACAAAGCCACAAAAGCGCGUUAAACUUGAAUGCAAUUCCAGCGAUGAUGAGAAUUUAGAUAAUCAUGAUGCGGAAGAUACAAACGAAUGUGAUGAAGAUAGGAAGCGAAAAAGUUCGAAUGGGAAAGUUAAUCAAAACGAUUCACCCGACGAAACAUCCCCAUCCAAAAGUGCGUGUAGCACCUCUGCAUUCAUUAUGUCAAAAUCAAUUAGAAAGAUCUUUAGCAACCCCUUCAGGGUACCAACCUUUAUCAAAAAACCGCCCGUUGAGUUCGAUCAAGGAGGUCUAAGAAAGCGUUUGUGCCUGGCAGGUGUACGCAGACGAAUUGUAUCGGGGCCUUUACACGAUCCCAAUGCGCCAAAUGCAAUCGUACUUUAUACUCCUAGUGAUGAUGAAGUAAAACCAAAACAAGAAGAAAUUAAGACCAAAAAUAAAUCUGUAGCAGAUAUCUUGGGAUUCAAGAAUGAAGUCAACAAGAUCGUUCACGUGGUUGUUGACCCUAUUCUGGGUAAUAAACUUCGACCGCAUCAAAUUGAAGGUGUAAAGUUUCUGUAUAAUUGCACGACAGGAAGAGUGGUUGAAAACGCGCAUGGCUGUAUCAUGGCGGAUGAGAUGGGUCUCGGUAAAACACUUCAGUGCAUAACUCUUCUGUGGACCUUAUUGAAACAAUCGCCUGAAGCAGGCAAAAAAACAAUCGAAAAGUGCAUAAUUGUCUGUCCUUCAAGUCUCGUUCAUAAUUGGGCAAACGAAUUGGUUAAGUGGUUGGGGUCCUUAAGAAUUAAAUCAUUGGUAAUGGACAACAAAGGAUCAAAAGAGAACACGUUGAAAGCGCUCAGAUAUUUCGCCG